AUUAUUGCAUUCACUUUGCUUUCUGUUUGUUUUUGGUUUCAUUGGGUACGUUUUUUGUUUUGGUUUCCAACGCCCGCCCUCUGCUUUGCUCGUCUAUUAAAAGGAUACUUCAACUUACUUCCCAACAUCAAGAAUAUAAUAGGAAAGGAAUUGGAAACAUUGGUUCGGCAGGAUUAAAUAAUGAAUAUAAUAGUAAACUAUUCAAAAUAUUAUUAAAAUCCUUUGAGUACAAAGAGAAAACUGCAAAAAUGGUUUGCUUGGCAUGCAAAAGAAGUACCGAGACGGAUUGCUUUAUUGAUGCCCUGGAUACAAUAAAACAACACUACCUAUUUUAUAAAAAUGCCCUGAGUAGCCGGGAUGCGGAGUUACAAAGUGUCAAGGAACGCAAUGAACGAUUAAACAAAGCAUUGGAGUUUUUACAAAAACAACAAGAACAGCCUCAUAAAAAAUUUAAGGCCAACAGCAAUGAUGAUCCAUUGAUAAGACAAACUCAAUUCAAACCUCCAAAAGUCUGCAACAACAGCGAUAAUAGCCUUGAUAUCAGCAUCGACGAAGAUACCGAUGAUGGUGUUGAAUCCGAAGGCAGCGCCUCAAAUCUUAAUAUGGCCUUAAAUAGCGAACAAUUAUUUGAAACCUCAGUCGUAAGUCCGGCAAAACCUGCUGCUAUAGAACCUCUAAAAUCUUCUUCAGAAAUAAUAACCAGUCCUCGGGCAAAACUUGUGCCACGUCGCAAUAGGCAAAAGGAAAACAUUAAAGAUGCAAUGGAGAAGCAAAUGGUUUUGGAAAAAUCCAAAUCGGAGUGCAAUUUGAAAGAGCAACAAGCGAAUAAAUCUUGGACUAUGGCAUUUUUAAAGCCAUCGACGACCGUGGCCGUAUCCUCUAAGAGCACAGAUGGUAAAGUUGGAGUUACGCGUAAACCAGACAAGCGAAUGAAUUUGUCAUUGAAGAAAACAAAUCCCAGCAAAAUAAGACAGACCGUAUUGCCAUUUAAUACCUCAAAGGAUUCCAGUGUAAUUGAGUCUGAUGUCUGUGAAGAUAUUAUCGAUGCCAGUCCAAUUGCCUCCAAAUCUUCCAGAAAUGGCAAAUCCUGGGCCCACAGAAGCCAACAAAAUCAAAGUUCACACAACAGCUCCAGUCCGAUCCCCCGCCACAACAACAGCAACAACAACAAAACCGAUAUAAACAUAGAAGACAGCAACAACCAUCAAAAACCUGAUGAAACGGUCGAAAGUAUACCCAUAGAAAAUAUAGUUUUCGAUUUUUCACCGAGUAAAAAGACCGAAGCAUCAUUCUCCACGUCAUCAUGUCAAAACAACAACUUGAAGGCAAAGCAGUUGGACUUCCACGAUGAGAGCACAAAUUGCCUGGGCGUUGCCGGUGAUCAGACAACAAUGCUGAUGAGUGGUAAAUCGGGCGAUAGUUCUAGUGUGGUUAUUCUAACGCCAGCCACCCAGGAUAUAAUAUUUUUAGAUGAUACCAGUAAUGAGUUUAGUGAUAUUAAUACCAUGGAUCUGCUGGCAGAUAUACAAAAACACGAAACCGAAUAUAUGGAAAAUCUCAAGAAAUAUGAAACGAAAAGUAUUGAAAAACAACUGAAACAGGACACAAAACAACCAGCAAAAUCCAAGGAGGCAACAAAACACAAUUUCAUUAAACCCGCUGCUCUCAUAAAAAAGGAAAAACAAUCUCAAAUGUUGGAAGAAACUCAAAAGAAAACUGUCAUUGAAAAUGAAAAUUUACAAGCCUCGACUUCAUCAUCGAAAAAAUCCACUUUUCAAAAUCCUUUACUUUCAAAUGAUGACACCAGCGAAGACGAAGACGAGGAUGCCAUGCCCAAACCAAUUAUUGUCAAACAGGAACCCUGUGAUAUGGUAGUAACCCAUAAAAAAUUAAACCUAAAAGAGAGAUUCAACAUAGACUGUGAGGAGUGUGAAAAGCAUUUGCGUUUCUUACCACCCACCUUGAGUGAUCGUGAAAUUGAAAUGCAUUUAAACAAUUGUAAAUUCCAUAAUCGCCUGGAUUUUAUGCGUCAAAAUACACCGGAGAAUUUCUGGAAUCCUUUGAUAUUAUCAUUCGAGGCAAAUGAUCCAAGAAAUGAGGUGCUGAUUGAUACUCGCUUUAAGAAUAAAAAGGGAAAUUAGUUAGGCCAACCAAGGGGUGUGUUAAACUAUGGAAUUAUAUGUGCAUUUUUUUUUGGUAUAUCGUAAAAAUAAAAUAG